UAUUGAAGACAAAUUCUUGGAAUUGACGAGUGAUUAUGAUAAAUUCAUGGAAGACUUACAAUUUACGUUUGUAAUUGCUCAAGAUAUACAAAAAAGAUAUGAUCGAGUAAGUUUAGAAUCAGACCUUGCAGAAAUAAAUGAGUUUUUAACCCAUUUUCGCGAAAAUGUUCAAGGCACAUUAAAGUUUGUUCAAGGACCUUUAAGUAUUCUUCACCAGGAGGUAUCAAUCAUCAGGACCCAACUCGGGACUGAUACACAGAUUUUAGCACCAAGAAUAGAUCCAACAUUAUUGAAAGAUAUUGAACCCGAAGAGCCCUCAAUAAAUUCCAGUGCAGUUGCGAAAAAAUUUUAUACGAAAAAUGCCAUAGCAGUAUCAUGUGAGACGAUAAUGGAUCCAAUACGUUUCAAUCGCAGAAAAAGCAAAAUUUUAGGAAAAUUAGGAGAGUGCCCAAGUAUUCUUAAAUUCUUUGGGGUUUCAACAAUAAAAGAUUCCAUAACAUUAAGAGAAUAUGAAAUUACAAAUCGUUUGGAACCAAAACUAGCAAAUUUUCACUUUGCAAAAGUGACAGAAGGUAUAUCUUCGAAUCUUGAAUCAGUCCUUUUAGAAAUUCACUGGAUGGCAUCAGAGAAAAUGAUUGAACACAUGUUUUUAAAAAAUGCCAAGAAGCGACGAUAUACACAACAAUCAUGGGCGCAUGAUCCGGAAGAAAGGAUUUCUAUAGGAGAGCUUUAUAUAAUGCUUGCAAAUAUGCAAAGCAAGUAUGUUCCUUUCAGAUACUUGCCCGACGUUUUACCCAAUAAAGUUAUGAAUUUGGACGAUGAAGUUCUUAACGAUAUCGAGGAAAUUCUGGAAGCUGAUCAAGGAAUUGAACUUCAUGUAACGAGAGAUACAGUAAAAAAGAAAGAAGCUUGGAAAUGUUUUGUGGCAAAUGCAACUAAAGGACAUCCAAAAGCGAUAUUUUGGAAAGGAUAUUAUCUAUGGGAAGGGAUAAAAAAAGAACACCGGAGAUAA